AUGAGUUCUCGCCCACGUCGUUCAGCAGCCACCAAGGCGAAUGAAACCAUUUCUGUCCAUGCCAGAUUGGCUGACUCUCCAGAAAGAAGCGAAAGAAGUAUGUCAUCACGACGAUCUGGUCGCGCCUCGGGCGUAUCUGUCUCAAGAGAUGACCCCUCCUCACCAGGAGGCGAUCGUCAUUUAAGUUUGACUGUCAAGGUUCCAUCCAGCAAGCUGCGACAGGCCACCCGAGGGGACCGUGGCUUUGAAGGCGGUCAAAUUGUGUCAGGAAAGCGGAACCGAGGAGCCAAGAAGAGCUAUGUUGUCGAUUCAAGUCCCGACGAGGACGAAGAAGAGGAGGAGGAAGCAGAGAUCGAGGUGGAGGAGGAAGACGACGAUGACAUGGAUGUUGAUGCUGAAGGCGAAGAGGACGCCGAGGGUGAUAUUGAAAUGGAUCUAGCCCCCCCAACCAUUACCGUCUCCAAGCCAGCCCGUUCGAAGCCAGCACCUAGAGCGUCAGCCGCAAAGAUCAUUCAGGAUGAUGACGAUGAUGACGACGAGCUUAGUGACCCCGCCGAUAGUGAUAUGGGUGACGAGACUAUGGGCUUCGGCGACGAGACUAUGGCCGAUGAUGAUGACGAGGAUGCUGAAGGCGAGGAGAUAGAGGUUGCUGGCCAAGAAGGCGACGAGGACGAAGAUGAGGAAGAGGAGGAAGAAGGCGAUGGAGCUGAAGAUGACGACGAAGACGACGAAGAUGGCAAUCCAGAUGAGUCUAUCGACCUCACAAAGAUGACGAAACGUCAGCGUGCCCGCUUCGAAGACGAAAAGGAGCACCAAUACAUGAAGUUAUCAGAUGAGGUACAAGCCAAGAAAGUUUUUACAGCCGAGGAACUGUCUAUGCGCCGUCAAGAAAUGGCCCGCCGUCGCCGUAACUUGAGCGAAAAGCGGAAUGAGGAAGUCAAGAUGGAAACCAUCAACAAGCUUCUCAAAAAGCAAGCCCCCAAAAUUAACCGCAAAGCCGCUGCAGGUGCAGGUCCGUCAGGUGAAGACGCAAAUAGGCCAGAUCCUGUUUUUGUUCGAUGGGUCAGCAACAAGAGCGGAGUGCGAGUGGCAGUAACCGAGGAGAUGCUUGACAGCCCUGCUGGUCAAGUCUUUGGGCCUCCAAAACCGCCAUCCGCUAAGAUGGUCCAAGAGGUAGCCUGA